CCUGGGCACCUGGGCGGCCGCGGCGGCGCCGGGCGGCGGCGAGGAGCGCGAUGGAGGGCGAUGGCGCGGGCCCGUGGGCCCUGGGGCUGCUGCGCACCUUCGAGGCGGGCGAGUUCGCCGGCUGGGAGAAGGUGGGCUCGGGCGGCUUCGGGCAGGUGUACAAAGUGCGCCAUGUCCACUGGAAGACGUGGCUCGCUAUCAAGUGCUCGCCGAGCCUGCACGUCGACGACAGGGAGCGCGUGGAGCUUCUGGAAGAAGCCAAGAAGAUGGAGAUGGCCAAGUUCCGCUACGUGCUGCCCGUGUACGGCAUAUGCCGGGAGCCCGUCGGCCUGGUCAUGGAGUACAUGGAGACGGGCUCUCUGGAGAACCUGCUGGCCUCGGAGCCGCUGCCCUGGGACCUGCGCUUUCGGAUCGUCCACGAGACGGCCGUGGGCAUGAACUUCCUGCACUGCAUGUCCCCACCACUCCUGCACUUGGACCUGAAGCCUGCAAACAUCCUGCUGGAUGCCCACUACCACGUCAAGAUUUCCGAUUUUGGGCUGGCCAAGUGCAGCGGACUCUCCCACUCCCACGACCUGAGCAUGGAUGGCUUGUUUGGCACCAUCGCCUACCUGCCCCCGGAGCGCAUCCGGGAGAAGAGCCGGCUCUUUGACACAAAGCAUGAUGUGUACAGCUUCGCCAUCGUGAUCUGGGGCGUGCUCACACAGAAGAAACCCUUCGCAGAUGAGAAGAACAUCCUGCACAUCAUGGUGAAGGUGGUGAAGGGCCACCGCCCAGAGCUGCCGCCCGUCUGCAGGCCUCGUCCCCGCGCCUGCGGCAACCUGCUGCGCCUCAUGCAGAGGUGCUGGCAGGAGGACCCGCGGGAACGGCCCACCUUCCAAGAAAUUACCUCUGAAACUGAGGUCCUGUGUGAGAAACCCGAUGAGGAGGUGAAAGAGCCAACUCCGGACCCAGCUGGGAAGAGCCCGCCAGGACCUGCAAGCGAGGCUGUGCCCGGGUCCUCGCGUCUCAAGCGCGCCUCUGCCCCCGCCUUGGAGAACGACUACAGCCUUUCUGAGCUGCUGUCGCAGCUGGACUCGGGCAUCUCUCAGACCAUCGAGCGCCCCGAGGAGCUCAGCCGCAGCUCCUCCGAGAGCAAGCUCCCGUCCUCCAGCAGCGACAAGAGGCUCUCGGGGGUGUCUUCCGUGGACUCCGCCUUCUCGUCCAGAGGGUCCCUGUCACUGUCUUUUGAGCGGGAACCUUCCACAGGCGACCUGGGCACCACAGACGUCCAGAGGAGGAAGCUCGUGGACGCCAUCGUGUCGGGGGACACCAGCAAGCUGAUGAAGCUCUGGCAGCCCCAGGACGUGAGCCUGGUGCUGGACGGCGGUGCCAGCCUGCUGCACCUGGCCGUGGAGGCCGGACAGGAGGAGUGCGCCAAGUGGCUGCUGCUCAACAAUGCGGACCCCAACCUGACCAACGGCCAGGGCUCCACACCACUGCACCUGGCCGUGGAGCGCAGGGCGCGGGCCGUGGUCGAGCUGCUGCUGGCCCGGAAGACCAGCGUCAACGCCAAGGAUGAGGACCAGUGGACGGCCCUGCACUUUGCGGCCCAGAACGGAGACGAGUCCAGCACGCGGCUCCUGUUGGAGAAGAACGCCUCGGUCAACGAGGUGGACUUCGAGGGCCGGACGCCCAUGCACGUGGCCUGCCAGCACGGGCAGGAGAAGAUUGUGCGCAUCCUGCUGCGCCGAGGUGUGGAUGCGGGCCUGCAGGGCAAGGAUGCCUGGCUGCCCCUGCACUACGCCGCCUGGCAGGGCCACCUGCCCAUCGUCAAGCUGCUGGCUAAGCAGCCGGGCGUGAGCGUGAACGCGCAGACGCUAGACGGCCGGACGCCCCUGCACCUGGCGGCUCAGCGGGGGCACUACCGUGUGGCCCGCAUCCUCAUCGACCUGUGCUGCGACGUCAACAUUCGCGGCCCGCUGGCUCAGACACCCCUGCACGUGGCCGCGGAGACCGGGCACACGAGCACCACCAGGCUGCUCCUGCAUCGCGGUGCCGGCAAGGAGGCCGUGACCGCGGAGGGCUGCACCGCCCUGCACCUGGCUGCUCGGCAUGGACACCUGGCCACCGUCAAGCUGCUCCUGGAGGAGAAGGCCGACGUGCUGGCCCGGGGGCCCCUGGGCCAGACGGCGCUGCACCUGGCCGCUGCCCACGGGCACUCGGAGGUGGUGGAGGAGCUGGUGAGCGCCGACCUCAUCGACCUGUCCGACGAGCAGGGGCUCAGCGCGCUGCACCUGGCCGCCCGGGGCCGGCACGCGCAGACCGUGGAGACGCUGCUCAGGCACGGGGCCCACAUCAGCCUGCAGAGCCUCAAAGUCCAGGGUGGCCCGGGCCCCGCAGCCACGCUGCUCCGGCGGAGCAAGACCUAGCCUCCUGCCGCAGACGCGGAGGGCCGUGGGCUUCGUCUGCCUGUGCCCCUGUGGGACAGGAGGGUGCCCUGCCGGGACACUUCCCUCGCCUGCAGCCAGCCUGCCUCAACGUUGACCUGCAGAGCUGAGGUGGAGGCCAUGCCCAUGUGGUGGGGUGCAGGCGUGGGCUGCCCUCCAGACGGGCUUGGCUGGCAAGAUCGGCAGCUGACCCGCCGCCAGCCUGGGUGCCUGGCGUCAUGAGGGACGAUGGGUCGAAUCAUUUCGUUGUACUACUAAAGGGCUGCUGGUGCGGGUCCCUUGGUGACAAGGCCUGGGCAAGGACGGGACUCUGUCCCACCGCCAGCCUCCUGACGGCUCAGCAUGCCUCUCGGGAGUCCCAGGACCGUGUCCUCGUCCUCACACUGGUGGCAGAGGCACCUGACGAAGCAGAGCACGUCCUGUGCGUGAAACACCAUGGUGGAUGAGCAGCGCCAGCCGGGCCAAGGCCGCUGGGGCUGAGGUGGACAGUCUGGCCUGAGGAGUGGCCUUAAUGUCAUAGGGUCGACUUUAAAAGCCUUCGGUCUCUCCCACCCUCACAUCCAGGCUCGUCUGCGUCCAGUGCUUGGACAGCGCUGCCCAGCUCCCCACACUGUCCCUGGCUGACAGUCAUUUCUUAUUGCAUAAAAUGUUUCUGAACUCCAGAGCCACGUGUGUGGAGGUCGUUGAAGAGGCCCCAGCCUCGGCCCUGGACAGUCACCCGAGGGCAGGCCGCUGGCUGGACUUGUUUCCUGGUCUCCUUUUGGGGAGGAGGCUGUUGGCACCCGGGGGCUGUUGGGUGUCAGGUUUUCUGACCUUCUGUGUGGGGCUCCCUGGGCAUCGAGCCUCGGCAGGUUGGGGUGUAGCCCGAGGUGGCUGCAGGGGGCGGUUGUACUCAGACCUGUGAAGGGUUUGGCCACUUAGUGUCGCUGCCAUCGUCACACGUGUCCACAGGUGUCCUCUGUUGCAGACGUGACCUCCGAGGGCCGGUGUGGCCGUGCAGAGGUCGAUGUUAACGUACCGUGUGUGCUGAUGGGAUCUGGGCGGCCGCUCCUCCCAGGCGGCACGUGCCGAGCGUGGGCUGACUGUGCUUUAGUACGCCGUCCAGAGGUCUGUCCACGUCAAUAAAGCAAAGCGUUCUUCUGCUUC